CGUUCGAACGAGCCUGACGAAGAUCAAUCCCUAUCCUGCGCAUGCGUUCAGAUAUUUGCCUUGGUAGCGCUUCGGCCUUUCAACAAUCUUCGUUGCGCUCACAGCCCUUGCUCCUCCAUCCGCUCCAGCUCUCACACGCGCGCAUAAAUGAUUCCUUCGUGCAGUAGUACACGCCUGCAAGGAACCUAGCAUUCCUUUCGACGCCCCAUUUACCAGACGGUCGGAUGCCUCUCGUCCCUUAAGACUCGUGUCCCCCCUCUCCCACAAACAAGCGAUCUUAUGCAAUCCCCCUCUGUCAAACGAAUCUGAGGGGUGGGCACUGCUUGCACAACUGUUGUUCCCGGCUUCGAGCACCAUGUCGGAGGCCGGAACACGAUAUGAGGUCAUUACUUCCAACAACCAAAGCGCCAAUGUGUGGGUUUGCGGUCUCAUCAGCGUCCUCUUUGCGACGGCAUGCAUGUUUGCUAGAAUAGCCUACAGAGCAAGGCUUGGGAUUAGAUCCGGACAAGACGACUACGUGUUCUGGCUAGCCUGGGCUGUGCAAGUGAUUCAGAGCGGCCUGUUGCUUAAAGCUACCGCUCUUGGUCUGGGCAAGAAUGACAGCAUAGUUGCUGCAGACCACGUCUCCUCCAUUCAGACGUAUGCCGCGGCCUCCACUGUCCUCACGGUCGUUUCCAUAUACGUCGCGAAGGUAUCGAUGAUAUUACUCAUUUCACGACUCUUUGCUCGGUCGCUGCGCUCUUAUUAUGCAGCCGUCGCUGUCGUUGGCGUCGCGGCCGCCAUACAAAUCCAGGCCGGUUGUGUCUACCCAACCUGCACAAAAGUUGCAUCACGCUAUUACGCCAAUGCUGCGCUUGACAUUGCGACGGAAGUCCUGAUAAUUGGACUUCCAGUGUAUUGCAUCCGCGACGUGCGGAUGGCAAAAGUACACAAAGCAAAAGUGCUCGCUACGUUUUCAGCACGAUCCUUAAUGGUACUGUUCGCUGGUCUCAUAGUCUGGUCGGCUACAAGGAUUCGUGAAACAGGAAAGCUCUCGACAUCUAUUGUCCUUCCAGUUGUGUUGUUGCAGUUACAGCUCGGGCUGUCACUUUGCAUCUGCGCCAUUGUCCCCUGCUUCCGCAUGAUAUUCCAAAGCACCGACAUUGUUUCUACAACCUCUGGGGACCUCACGCGAGAAGGCAAACAAAUCAGUAAUCAUAGCAACCGGGCGCGGUCCUUCGGUCGACCCACCCAAGGCACCGGAACGGACACACAGAUAUCAUACAUUCGUCAACCUACGCCUCCUCCUCCAGACAUUCCGAGGAAGCCCGAGCACUCAGCUCAGCGAAGCCAGGAUACAAGUGGGGCUGCCUCGCAUACUACAGGCAGGCCGAGCGAAGGAGGAGCGAGCGAUAGCAGCUUAGUACCCAGUGCAACCACAGGUCUGAGCACAAAACCGCUUGUUCAAGCCCCUGAGGCUUGAAUUCGAUCAACUUGCGCGGACCACUUGAAUUGCAUCAAUGAACGGACACGACUCGGUUUUAGAGAUGGAUUCAUAGACCUGUUGUUCACUGCCCCUCAUCAUAUAAGAAUGUGUAUUAUACUGGCCCAGAACUUUGGGUUCUGCCAGCAUUGGUUGGCAUCGUUCUUUUUUCUUUUUUUAACGAAAUUGUGCGGCGGGCCCGCAACUUUUGGGUGGCACGAUUGAUGAUUAUACGGCUAUUUUGUUUCAGGGUAAUAGGGUAUCCGGUUCAACUUACAGGUUCGGAACAUGGGAAUAAAGGAGAGGGAUAGCUUCUCCCUUGGGACUGCAAUUGGGAUUGAAAACCAACUAGCGAGGGCGUUUGCGCUUUUGAGACGGGAUUUUUGAGACGGGAUUUCGGAUUGAUACCAUUCUAUGUUGUUCGGGCUCACCUGAAGGGUUUGAAGCCAUCAAAAAUCAGGAUUCAUCUACAUAUGAUCUUGCGUUCCAGAUAGCAGCUUCGCUGACACGGCUCGCACAAUGUCAGAGGACACGUCGUCAAGCCA